GAGUGUGGCAGUGCAUGCUGGGAGUUGUCACUUCUCUGUUAUGGAAGCCACUGCUAUACAACGUCCUCUGUUUGGAGGUGCCUUCUCUGCCCUCCUCCCCCCAUUAAUACAAGAUGUCAGUGACCUGCGGGAGAUCCCCGACAACCAGGAGGUGUUUGCUCAUGCGCACACAGAUCAGAGUAUCAUUGUGGAGCUCCUGGAGUAUCAGGGCGGUAUGGCGGACCCCGACGCUGCUCGGUACCACUUUGAAGAUGUUGCCACCAGCAAUGAUGCCCAGGGAAAGGUGGAGAUUAUCAGCGUUGAGCCACUCCCACUGGCACAGCUCUCCCUCAGCAGCUGCUGUAGUGCCUGGGCCCUCACCGGUCACCAGCUUGUAUCCAAAUUCAAUGAACAGGCUCAGAAUACGGUCACCAUACACAUGGCUUUGUUCAGAAUGCCACAAUAUUCCACAGACCUCCUGGUGACAUUCAACCAUCCUGUAGCUAUAGAUCCAGCCAGCAGUAGCGCCCCCUCUGGAUCAUCAGACGGCUCCUCUCCUCCAUGGACUCAGGAAGAUUUCCACCGUCUCCUGUGCAGUUUCCGUCUACACGACCCCGGCAUCUUCGGCUGA